GAGCUUGAACGAUGUUUUCGGUAACAGAUCAUGAUUCAUGAAUGAUCUGUGCUCCAUUGGCUUUGUCUGUACGCGGAACACAGCAGCAACUCUAAAGUACAUGCGACCCUAUUUUCGGAAAUAAACAGGAAUAUUCCUUAUUACAUAUAUAUAAAUCCGAAAAUAAAAUUAAUGGGGACGAUUUAGGAAACGUCGCUGCUGCUUAAGGUCUCCAACGUACUUGUUUUAUUUGAUAUCUACGAUUUCAAGGAGUAUAAUCGGACAAAAAUAUGAGGAAAAGAAUGAUGGCGUGUUAGUAGCAGUCGUGGUCUAGUGCGUGUGGGCCGGUGGACGGCUCUGGGUCCGGUGUGAGAGGGACGGAUUGAGGAAGUGUGUGUGGAGAUGAAGGUGGGACAGAAGAACUCGGUGUGUAUCCUGUCCAGUCGAGAGCGAGGAGCACGAGGUCUUGCCUCACACAGGAUCCUACAGCAACUUGUAGAGGAGAAGACACAGCGCAUGAAAUGGCAAAGCCAGAAAGUGGAGUUACCAGACAGCCCCCGCUCGACCUUUCUUCUGGCCUUCAGUCCAGAUAGGUCCUUAAUGGCCUCUACCCAUGUGAACCACAACAUCUACAUCACAGAAGUUAAGACAGGAAGGUGUGUUCACUCUCUGGUGGGCCACCGCCGGACACCCUGGUGCUUGACCUUUCACCCUAGCAUUCCUGGCCUUAUUGCUUCUGGCUGCCUGGACGGAGAGGUCCGAAUCUGGGACCUGCAUGGAGGCAGUGAGAGCUGGCUCACAGAGACUAACUCAGCGAUCGCAUCCCUUGCUUUCCAUCCCACGGCUCAGCUGUUGCUCAUUGCCACCAACAACGAGCUGCAUCUAUGGGACUGGAGUCGGAAGGAGCCCUUCACUGUAGUGAAGACUGCUAGCGAGACAGAGAGAGUCAGGUUGGUGAGAUUUGAUCCAUUGGGUCACUAUCUUCUAACCGCCAUUGUGAACCCUUCAAACCAACAGAAUGAUGAUGAUCCUGAGAUUCCAAUGGACAGUGUGGAGAUGCCUCAUCUCCGUCAGCGCUCCUUUCUGCAGUCCCAGCCUGUAAGACGCACACCUAUCUUGCACAAUUUCUUGCACAUCCUCACUUCCCGCAACUCAGUCCCUCAGACUGGAGGCGCUCCUGCUGCUUCCACUGACGUGGCCUCUGAUUCGUCUGGGCAUUACGCUGUUUUGAGGGAUCGUUCCCGGCUGCCAUACCAUGGUUGCGUUCAGCCACUCGGAGUGGUGUGUUUCUGUAGCCGUUGCUCAUCAACGCAGGUUCCGUCUCCGCCUGAUGAGGACUCUUCAGACUCCGCCUCCCUGGAGGGACAAUCAAACGCAUCCACCUUUUCUUCUGCACGCACAGAGCCGCGAAUACCGCGGUUUCCUGUCGAAUCUCGUGCUGUAUAUCGGCCUUCAGCGUUUAGCUGCGUGUACGGUGGCGGGAGCAACGUGCGGAACCUUUCUUCUAGCUCUGGGAGGAGGGGAGUGGCUGGAAUGGCGCCCAUCCCACCUUUCCGGCAGCACCCGCCAGGCAGGGAAGGUGGAGGCCGUUUCCCUGCGGCAGACUGGACAGGCAGUGUGCUUAAUGGACGAGGUAGUAGUAUGACUCCACCCAGAACCAGUGCUUCCUCUGUCAGCCUGCUUUCUGUCCUGCAACAGCAAGGGAAUUCCAGCCAAUCACCUGUUUACACCUCUGCUAGUGAUGGAUGGGGCUUUCCUCAUAGCAGUGGCAGCUCAUCAGGGACUAGUUCUAGCAGGCACCGCCCAUCACAGGAAGAGGGGCACAGCAACCCUUCUUCCAUCCGCAAUGUUCUGCAGUGUAACCUUAACCGCUAUUUCAUGGAGUAUGAGCAAAUGCAGGACCUAGUGCAGCCACUAGAGGGCAGCAGGCAGGACCAGCAGACUCAGGAAAUGCUAAAUAACAACAUGGACCCAGAGCAACCAGGCCCAUCUCAUUACCAGCCACUCUACAACAGCGAAAACCAUUCCCACAGUCACAUGAAUCGCUGCAGAGUCUGCCACAACCUCUUCACCUAUAAUCGGGGUACUCAGCGCUGGGAGAGAACAGGUCAGCCGACAUCUGCUGAGAGAAACUCAGCUUGGCAACCUACUAGUCCUGCCUUCCACAGCGUAGCCCCAGUCUCUCAUUCUGAUCCUCACCUACUUGUACGCACACCUAUGGAGCCCAGCCCAGACAACCCAGAGCCUCACGUACAGUUUUCCCGCAGCACAGCUAGCAGUCAGCAUGAGGACCAGGCUGUCGGGCUGGUCUUUAACCAGGAAACUGGCCAACUAGAGCGUGUUUACAGACAAUCUGCAACCUCUCAUUCAGCAAACGUAUCACAAGAAGCCUUAAACCAGGAAAUGCCUGAAGACACACAAGACGAUGAUUAUCUACGCAGGAGGCUGCUGGAGUCAUCCAUGAUGUCUCUUUCCAGAUAUGACGUCUCUGGAUCACGAGACCACCCCAUCUACCCCGACCCAGCCAGGUUGUCCCCUGCAGCAUAUUAUGCACAACGUAUGAUCCAGUAUUUGUCUCGGCGUGACAGCAUUCGGCAGCGCUCUCUCCGUCCCCCCGGCAGACCUCGACCCCUCUCCUCUAACGCCAAUAGCCUCUCCCCUGGCCCCGCCCCCAGUGUGGAGAACAGCGAAGUUGAUUUUGAGGAGUUUGAGGACAGUGGAAGCAGACAUAGGGCUCCUCGUAACGCACGCAUGUCUGCCCCCUCCCUUGGUCGCUUUGUACCCAGGCGCUUCCUCCUGCCGGAGUUUUUGCCGUAUUCUGGAAUCUUCCAUGAGCGAGGGCAGCCAGGCCUGGCAACACACUCAUCCGUCAAUAGGGUCCUCGCAGGUGCUGUAAUUGGAGAUGGUCAAUCUGCAGUAGCCAGCAACAUUGCUAACACAACCUAUCGUCUGCAGUGGUGGGACUUCACCAAAUUUGACUUGCCCGAGAUCAGUAAUGCUUCUGUUAACGUGUUGGUGCCCAACUGUAAGAUCUACAAUGACGCGAGCUGUGAUAUCUCAUCGGACGGGCAGCUGCUGGCUGUAUUCAUUCCCAGCAGUCAGAGGGGUUUCCCUGAUGAGGGUAUUUUGGCUGUGUACUCCCUCGCCCCACAAAACCUGGGAGAGAUGCUCUACUCCAAGAGAUUUGGUCCAAAUGCCAUCUCUGUCAGUUUGUCUCCAAUGGGUCGUUACGUGAUGGUGGGUCUGGCGUCUCGUCGCAUCCUGCUGCAUCAGAUCACCGAUCACAUGGUGGCACAGGUCUUCAGACUGCAGCAGCCCCACGGAGGAGAGACAUCCAUGAGGAGGGUGUUUGAUGUGGUGUAUCCAAUGGCCCCAGACCAGCGGAGACAUGUCAGUAUAAAUUCUGCACGUUGGCUGCCAGAACCAGGGCUUGGGCUCGCUUAUGGAACCAACAAAGGAGAUCUGGUCAUCUGCAGACCUGUUGAUGUGCAUUCAGAUGGCAACGGCACUUCCGAACACUCUGAGAGAAUGUUCACCAUCAAUAAUGGUGGAGGGGUUGGAACCAGCAGCGGCAGGGGUGGCGACAGGGCAGGGAACAGCAGGACUGAUUGGCGCUCACACAGAGAGAUGGGCCUGAUUAAUGCGAUUGGUCUGCAGCCACGACAUCCUGCCCCCACUGUUACAUCACAGGGGACGCAGACACAGACUUUACAGCUACAGAAUGCAGAGACACAAACAGACCAUGACCUUCCAGAUAACCCUGAACAGCCCAGAACUUCACAGGGGUCACAGGUUACUGAUGGUCAGACAUCAUUACUGAGCUCAGCCACAGACUCUCUGGAUUUAGAGACUCUCCCAGAGGAUUCUGGGUCUGAGGUGGUACCAGAGACGCCCCCCCACAGUCGACCUCAGGAAGAUGAAGGGUCAGAUCUCACUGAACCCAGCACAGACAGCACAGGUCAGGCAGAGUAUGUUUCUCGUAUCCGAAGGUUAAUAGCUGAGGGAGGCAUGACUGCGGUUGUCCAGCGUGAGCAGAGCACCACAAUGGCUUCCAUGGGCAGCUUUGGCAACAACAUCAUUGUCAGCCACCAUAUUCACCGUGGCUCCCAGACAGGAGCGGACGCACAAAGCCGUACUCAUUUGAGCCCUCUCCCUGGACCCUCCUCUAGUGUCCCUGAGACUUUGGCUGGAGCUGCAGGUUCGCACUCCUACAUCCUUACCAACGCACUGGGGCUUCAUACCGACACAGCUCAGGGCACCUCUACAGACAUAGACCUAACACCCGUCAUAGAACAGGAGAGAUUUCACACAUCCCUGCUUUCCCAGGAGUUUUCACCUCUUUUCUCAUCUGCUGUAAACACAAACAGACCUUCUGCUUCUAUGGAAACAGACAAUGUCUCGGAGGGGGAGGAGCUCCAAGACUAUGCGUCUCUCGCUCCAUCUUUACUCUCAUCCUCACCGUCUCUUUCUCCAGUGAAUAACAGUAACUACAACAACAGUGAUAGUAGUUACCACGGAGAAGAGUAUGGGCGUUGAAAGGGCAAAGUUAGGAGAGGAGUCAUAAUUUGAAAACAACCGAGAAGAGAGAAGGCCACACAACAGAAACUUCCAAAUAUAUUUGUUCUCAGUAUUCCUUUCUCUCAUCGGUUAUAAUAUUUUUCAUCUGCUCAGACACAAUUUAGUGAAUAAUAAAAGACGGAGAAACAGUUUCCUGAUCAGCUAAAACUUGGCAAUGUAUUCAGGCCAUUCCGUGUUGUUCAUCAACCAGCCUUGCUAAAAUUUCCAGUGUUGGUCUCUGUCUUCCUGUUGUCCGUCAUGAAGUGCACACAUAUAGAGCCACAUACAGAAUACGAUGUGUAUGUGUUUUCAUGUGAAUGGCAGAGAGACGGAGCAUCACUUUGCAGGCAGUCUUGAGUCUGUAGAGCAAUAUUAGUUCAACAGAACAUUUUGUUCCUCUACAUCCUCUUUCAAAUGUAGCAUUUCAAAUGCCAUUGAAAUCUGCUGCCAGCAUCAGAAAAGUUAAAAAGUCUCAGAUAGUCUUGUAGUUGAAGUUACGAAACCUUGUCACAUUCUGAACAGUUUGGUUAUGUUACUGUUGGUUAGUGUAGAACUGAGAGUAAAGUCACUUCUGUAGAGGGAAGGCCCAUUUUUAGAUGGUGAUUGGUACAUUUUAGUUCACGUUUUUUAUAAAGUUGAAAAGGCCACACCUUGUUUUUCCUGUGUGAAGAUAAGAGACUCAAGAAAUUAAACAGAGUUGUAUAAAAAAUUUUGUAGAGUUAAUUCUGUGGCAUUAACAGGAUAGUUCACCCAAAAAAAAAGAAAAUUCAUCAUUAUGUCUUUCCAAACCUGUACAACUUGCAGAACACAAAAUAUAUUCGAUUUUUUUUUUCCAUACAUUGGAAGUCAAAAGUUGUAUGUUUGGCUACCAACAUUCUUCAAAACAUAUUAUUUUGUUCCACAUCAGAAAGAAAACAAUACAGGUUUGGAACAACAUAAGUGAUGACAACAUUUUCAUUUUUGGGUGAACUAUCCCUUUAAGAUGUGAUGCCCAUCUGUAGCCCCAUAAAAUCUUUAGCUUCAUCAGUCUUACAUGUGGCCUAGUCAGUCUCCUUUGCAUUCAUCAUUACUAUGGAAACUCGUCAAUUAUCUUGCUUUGCCCCAAAUAAAAAAACCCCAGAAAGAUGGCUUCUUAAAAGGGUUUUCCCCUCCUUGUUUACAGUAAAGUGGUUCUUGACACAAUGUGAUAAACCUCACACUCAGAGCCUCAACAGGGAAGCAGUGAAGUUUGAGAGGCAUGUCAAUGUGAGAGAGACACUCUCCCAGUUCUGUCAGCUACUGUAGAUUUUCAAAGUCUAUUGAAAGUUAAGCAGGCACCUGACAACAUUAGUGUUGCUUCCUUCCCUUUUAUUUCUUAUGUAGCUCUCUGGUUUCUAUCUGCUCUCUCAGAAAACAUUUGAGAGGUAGGGGUGUGUGUGUGUGUGUGUGUGUGUGUGUGUGUGUGUGUGUGUGUGUGUGUGUGUGUGUGUGUGUGUGUGUGUGUGUGUGUGUGUGUGUGUGUGUGUGUGUGUGUGUGUGUGUGUGUCAGAGAGCUUGUCCAUUGAACCUCAAAGUUUGCCCCUGGCUCUGCUGUUAUGCCUUCCGAAUUUCAGAAUUUAAAGCACAUUAUGACUUCAGCUUGUUGACAAACCACUAAAUAACCACCAAUCAUAAUGUCUGAUCUGCUUAAAUGUACCUUGUGUGGAUAUGCGACCUUAGGGAGGGUCUUUAUGAUGUGUUUUUCAUUGUCAAAAUGCUUGCCAGUGGCCUGGUACACUGCUACAGUACUGCAUAGAGAAGGCGGAUGUUUGGAUGAAUGUUUAUGUGAGAUUUUUCUUCUUCGCAGGCUAAUGCAUUAUGUUCUGCAUUAAUAUGGAGAGGCUCUCUCUGCUUCUUUUGGCAUACCACUUUAUCCUGAAAAUGAAUGUCUGACAGUGUCUCCUGAAUCAACCUGCUGCUUUGGUAAACAGUGUAACCUCUGCUUUAGAGCUCAACUCACUGGCCUCCUACAGUAAAAAACAGAAAACAAAAACAACGUUUUACUGCUUUUUCUGCACAUGAACUGUAAGAGGCUGCAGAAUUACAGCAGCAGCUUUUCUGAGGGAUUAUGUACUUUACAUUACAAGUGACUACUUUUUGUCCUUUUUUGUUUUUCUGUUUGCUUUUUAGAAAACUGUUCAAUGUUUUUUCUUUUAAAAUUGCGGUAAAUCAUUGAUCUGCAUACUGGGAAACAAUCCUGUAUGUGAUUUAAAUGGAAUAAAAUGAUAACAAACA